CUCAGGUUAUAGAUCUAAAUAGACUUUCAAAACAAUGAAUGGAACAGAGUAUCAAAUGACUGCUUAUUCUUUUCUUUGAAUGUGCAGUAGAACCACACCUUAUAAGUAUGGGGUAUAAAAAGCGUGUUAAUACAACACGCAGACACAUUUCCGGAACUAUCCCAUGAAGCACUGAUUGCAGACUAUCCAGAACAAUGGUAUCCCAAGGCCUCCAGAUCCUGGGUGUUAUGCUGUCUAUGGCAGGGUGGCUAGGGACAAUCAUUACGUGUGCUUUGCCUAUGUGGAGAGUGACGGCUUUCAUUGGAGCUAACAUUGUCACGGCGCAGGUCAUCUGGGAGGGUUUAUGGAUGAACUGUGUGGUUCAGAGUACUGGACAGAUGCAGUGUAAGGUCUACGACUCCCUGCUGGCCCUUCCUCAAGACCUUCAAGCAGCCCGAGCCAUGGUCAUCAUCUCCAUCAUUGUGGGCAUCUUUGGUGUGCUAAUGGCUGUGAUUGGAGGAAAGUGUACUAACUGCAUGGAGGAUGAAUCUGCAAAAGCUAAAGCUUGCAUUGUCUCAGGGGUGAUCUUUCUCAUUGCUGCCUUCCUCAUCCUAAUACCUGUGAGCUGGUCUGCCCAGACCCUUAUCAGGGACUUCUACAACCCCUUGGUGUUAGAAGCCCAGCGUCGAGAGUUAGGAGCGAUGGCUAGUGCAGGGCUGCAGGUUUUGGGUUUGGCUCUGGCGCUCUUCGGUUUGCUUGGCGACAUCAUCAUCUGUGCUCUGCCCAUGUGGAGAGUGACGGCCUUCAUCGGGCAGAACAUCGUGACCGCGCAGACCUUCUGGGAGGGCCUGUGGAUGAACUGUGUGAUGCAGAGCACGGGACAGAUGCAGUGCAAAGUCUAUGACUCCAUGUUGGCUCUGCCCCAGGACCUGCAGGCCGCGCGAGCUCUCGUGGUCAUCUCCAUCCUCCUGACGCUGUUCGGUCUCCUGCUCGCGGUCGCUGGGGGAAAGUGUACAAACUGCAUCGAGGACGAACCGACUAAGGCGCGCCUGUCCGUGGCGGCCGGCGUGUUCUUUCUGGUGGGCGGUGUUCUGUGCCUGAUUCCUGUGUGCUGGUCGGCUCACACGGUCAUCAUGGACUUCUAUAACCCUAACCUGGCGGACGCACGGAAGCGCGAGCUCGGCGCAUCGCUGUUCGUUGGCUGGGGCGCCGCCGCUUUACUGCUGCUCGGAGGCGCGCUCUUCUGCUCCCAGUGUCCUAAGACUGAAUAUCGAGGUUAUUCAGCCAAAUACACAGCGCCAAGAUCAAAUGCACAUGGUGGUGGCAACUACGUGUAGGUUUAACGAAAGCUUAACAUUGGCCUGAUGGACAACUAAUGUGUCUUAACUAACUUGUGUUUUUAUUGGACAGGUUUACUAAAUAAACAUGUUUUAUGCAAUCUGUCUUCUCUUGGGCUCUAAAACCUAAACCGUUAAGUUAGG